AUGUCGUCCAGUAUCCAAUCCUUGUUGAAAACCGAAAAGGAAGCCGCUGAAAUCGUCAAUGAAGCCAGAAAGUACAGAACAUCUCGCUUGAAGUCCGCCAAGGCAGAUGCCCAAAAAGAGAUUGACGAGUACAAGGCUCAAAAGGAAGCUGAAUUGAAAAAGUUCGAAGCUGACCAUGCUGGAUUGAACGAAUCCAUUGAAAAGGAAGCUGAUGCUCAAGUUGAGAAGGAAUUAGUCGAAAUCAAGGAAAAGUACAACCAGAAGAAAGAUGCUGUUGUCAAAUUGUUGGUAGAGGCUGCUACUAAGCCUGCUCCAGAAUUACACAUCAAUGCUUGA